AUGGAUUUCUUAUUGUUUGACGUGAUUACACUAAUCUACCUAUCUAUAUAUCUAUCUGUCUGUCUAUCAAUCUGUCUGUCUAUCUAUUUAUGUAUCUGGCGGUCUGUAUAUCUAUCUAUCUAUCUAUCUAUCUAUCUAUCUAUCUAUCUAUCUAUCUAUCUCUAUAAUUCUCAAAAAUUAUAUCUAUUAUAUCUAUCUAUCUAUCUAUCUAUCUAUCUAUCUAUCUAUCUAUCUGCCUACCCUUCUAUCUAUCUAUCUAUCUAUCUAUCUAUCUAUCUAUCUAUCUGUGGAUUUAUCUAUUUGUCUGUCAAUUUAUCUUUUUUUCAAACUGUCUGUGUGCCUAUGUAUCAUCAAUGUCUGUCAUGUCUAUCUAUCUAUCUAGCUAUUCUAUCUAUCUAUCUAUCUAUCUAUCUAUCUAUCUAUCUAUCUAUACGUCUAUCUUUUUAUAGGUCUGGUUAUCUAGCUGUCUAUCUAUCGAUAUAUCUAUGUGUCUAUAAAUUUAUAUGUCCUUCGGUCUGUCUUUCUGUCCGUCUGUCUAUUUUUAUCUGUCUCUCUGCCUAUCUAUCUAUCUAUCUAUCUAUCUAUCUGCAUGUCUGUCUAUCUGAUUGUCCGUCCAUAGAUCCAUCUCCCUAUCUGUCUGUCUUCCGUCAAUCUAUCUAUAUCUAUCUAUCUAUCUAUCUAUCUAUCUAUCUAUCUAUCUAUCUAUCUAUCUAUCUAUCUAUCUAUCUUUUUUAUCUAUUCUUUUUUUUAUACUUUUUCUUUCUUUCUUUUUCUAUCUUUUUUCUGUCUUUCUUUAUUUCUUUUUUCUGUCUUUCUUUCUUCCUUUCUUUCGUUCUUAUGGUAUUUCUUUUCUGCGUAUUUCUCGUUGUGGAUUCUCUCUUUCGCUUUUUCUUUCUUUUUUUCUAUCUUCUAUCUUCUCUUUUCUGUAUCGCUUGUUCUGGAUUCUCUCUUUCAUUUUUUCUUCUUUCUUUUCUGUGUGUCUCUUGUUCUGGAUUCACUCUUUCACUUGAUUCCGUUUUUGUGUCUGAUUCUUUCUUUCUUUCUUUCAACGCAAAUCUCGUUUUGGAUUCAUACUUUGUUUUAAUGCGCAUUUUCUUCCUUUUUUCUUUCCUUCUUUAUUCGCAUCUUUCAGAAUUAUUUCUCUUUUAUUUUCAGAUACUUUAUAUCUCUCUUCCCCAUUUUUGUUCAUUCUUGACUCCUUUUUUUUUCUUUUCCUUUGUUGCCUACAUCUCUUCCUGUUUUUGUCAUUUCUUUCAAGGUUUGCGCAUGCUAUACAAGUCUCUCUGUUAA